AAAGAGGCGGCCAAAGAGUCUAAGAGGAUAAACCGGGCAAUGGAAGUCAGGUACAACCAAGAGACAGAAGCCAUGGUACUGAAGAACGGACUAAAGGAUGGGAAGAACGGCAAAGAUUCCCAGGGAAGCUUGUCGAAAAGCUUCCUGAAGGAGCAGCAGGACUCCUUUUCCCCGUCUGGGACCAUGGACAACUGCGACAAGAACCGGGGGAGCGUGGGGGACCCCGACUACUGCCGGAGAAUCCUGGUCCGAGAUGCCAAAGGUUCCAUCCGAGAGAUCAUCCUGCCGAAGGGUCUGGACUUGGACAGGCCCAAACGCACUCGCACGUCCUUCACGGCGGAGCAGCUGUACCGUCUGGAGAUGGAGUUCCACCGCUGCCAGUACGUGGUUGGGAGGGAGCGGACGGAACUGGCUCGCCAGCUCAACCUGUCUGAAACCCAGGUGAAAGUGUGGUUUCAGAACCGUCGCACUAAACAGAAGAAGGACCAGGGCAAGGACUCGGAGUUGCGCUCGGUGGUCUCAGAAACGGCGGCGACGUGCAGCGUGCUGCGGCUGCUGGAGCAGGGGCGGCUGCUGACGCCCCCGGGCCUGCCGGGCCUGCUGCCCCACUGCGGCGGCGGCGCCCUGGGCUCCGCGCUGCGCCCGCCGGCCAUGGCCAUGAGCAGCAGCGGCAGUGGCAGCGGCGGCGGCGGCGGCAGCACCAGAACAGCGGGGGGCAGCCCCCCACUCCCCCCUGUGACUAGUUCAGGCGCGGUGGCCGCCUUGCAGAGCUCACCGGCCGCACACGGCCUCUUCAGCUUCCCCAUGCCGUCCAUACUCAGCGGUGUCGCCACCCGCAUUUCUUCCAACCCCCUCUCCAUGGCCGGUUCGCUGGCCGGCAACUUGCAGGAGCUCUCUGCGCGUUACCUGAGCUCCUCCGCCUUCGAGCCUUACUCGCGGACCAAUGGCAAAGACUCCAUGGACAAGAAAAUCCUGGAAUGA